UUAACAUUAGUAUGAACAGCUCGAAUAUAGUACGUAUUACUACGCAAGCAAUAUUACUGGCACAAAAAUAAGAACAAAAUGGAUGCGUUUCUCAAGACUAAACGGCCAUUAUUUGGUAUCUUGAAACUGUCGAUAAUAAGAAAUUGCAAAUAGUGUAAAAUGAGGUUGCGUGUUCAUCACAUAAUGUUUCUGGCGCAAUCUGCAAAUGACUACAAUAUGCGUUAUUGACUCCUGCCAUUCACCCUGUUGGCUGCUGAAAAUUUAUUAGGCUAGCGUAACGAAAGAGAAUCAUUCCACCGAUAAAAGGAAUUAUUUGAGGAUUGCGCUAACCAGCGCGCGGAAUGUCCGACCAUGGAGUUGUUGAUCCUUAGCCUGUUCGUUGUCCCCGUCCUCGCCAUGAUGACACUCAAUACAACGACAUACACAACACUGCGGGGCCGCGGCGAGCACGUGUACCGUCUGGUAAUGGACGACCUGCUGUCGGCGUACCGUACCGCCCGCGGGGUCCGCGACCGCAUCAACACCAGCUACGAGUGUUUAACGGGCAACGGCGGCGCUGCCCAGAUCAUGUUUCCACCGUCCCGUCCGACCACCAGCGCAGCGCUAAACUUUGUGGUUAAGCGCGGCUACUUCUUUGCCACGGAAGAGAAGGCCUACAUGAGCAUCAACCGACAUCUCGUCGUCUUUCCGCUUUUCGUCGACGCUAUGGCGUUGGUGCACACGCUGCGCAAUACCCCGCAAUUGUCCCUCACAGCACAGCAGAUUGUCGGCAUUUUCAAUCUGACGGUGGUGAACUGGAGCGACCAAUCACUGCGCACCGUCGGCCUGAACCUGCCCACCUUCCCGGCUGACACCAUCAACGUAUGGGUGCGCCAGGACGCCACCACCGUCGAUAGUGAAGUGGCCGUCUACUGGAUGACGCAGCUGAUCGACCGGUACAUGCCGGCCGAUCUACCCAAGGUGACCGUGUAUCCCUUUCUAUGGAAGAACAACGUCAUGGCUGCCAAUUCAUCGCCCGCGCCGCAAACGGGCUACCACACGGGUCUGACAUCGCUGGGCGUGCUCAGCGGCGUCAUCGCCGCCAACAACUCCAUCGGCUUAGUCAGCUAUGCUGAUUACGCGAAAAACUGUCAUCCGGAGGUGGGCGACUGCAUGCUCAGCGCCGUGCCCGAUUCCCACGGGAAUCUUGUGGAACUCAGUGCCGAGACGGUGGAUGGGUCUAGCUUGGCGGGUACCGGGUGUGACGUCAUCUGUAUGGGAUACGGCGUGGACAGCACCUACCAACCGGCCAGUGUGGUGAACUUGAUCGUCUAUGGCGGGGCACCCAGCGGCACUCUUGCCUUGGACUGCCUUAGUCAGGUGGAGACGGCUCGCUUUCUGCGCUGGGUGCACCUUAGCCAGGAAGCCCACGCUAUUAUCCAUGCGCACUACUUUUACAUCCUCAACGAGAGCGCCUACGAUAACGUAGUGCUGAGUCAGUUGAAAAAUAUGCGCUGCGGUCCCGACAAUCUGACCAGCGUCUGGGAUUUGCUUCUGCAGAAGCUGCAGGAUGAGGUCUACACGUAUGAUCCAUGGCCAAUAGUGGCAGCAGUCCUUUCCUUAGUCCUCAUUAUUAUCCUCGUCACAGUGUUCUGCAUUGUGCUAAAACGGCGCCGCCAGACCAUGGACAGCAUCAUGCGCCAGUUGUACGUCAUUCCCGACGACAGCAUCCACGUUAUCAAAGCCUCGCGCGAGAAGUACCACUGCAUGAUGCACUUCCGCAAAUAUUUAGAGGGCCGGCACGCGCGUCCUCUCUUCGUCGUGGGCGAGUACCGUGCCGAUGUGGUCAUGCUAACCAGACUGGACAUGUUCCUCACCAAUGUCCAUGGUGGCGGCGUUAAACUGCGCCUGGUGCGCAUGAUCCGCGAUAUCAGCCAUCCCAACGUGGUGCACUUCUUCGGCUUGACGGAGCACUCCAUCUUCCAGUCAGUCUGCUUUGCAGUCUGUCAGUUCUGUCCGCUGGGUGAUCUGCGCACCGCUUUAGACAACAAGCGCAACGAACUGGAUGCGCCCAUCAAAGUGGGCAUGGUGAAAGGCAUCGCCGAGGGCUUGACGUAUCUCCAUGCUCGCGGAUUCGUGCACGGCAACCUUCGCAGUUCCGUUGUGUUCCUGGAAGCUGACUGGACGACACGUAUCUCCGAUUGGCACGUCAACGAAAUCGAGAAUCUUAUGCACAAAUUCCGCAACCGCGAGCGCGUCCUGAACGCCCAUCUGUCUUCGGAGGAAGAGCAAGUCUACUUUCCGCCGCUGCUGUGGUCGGCGCCGGAGAUCUUAACUGCGGUCAGCCGGGACGAACCGCAUCUGCCGACGGUGGCGGGUGACGUUUACAGUUUCGCGGUGAUCGUCUUCGAAGUGAUGACGCGAGAUCUUCCGUACGAGUAUAAUAAUAUACCGUACAGUAUGUCAUAUGAGCAACUCUUUGCCAUGAUUAAACGUGAAAUCCGUCCGAUCCGUCCUCUGGACUUUAAAGAGCCGGAGCAGAUAGCUCUCAAUAUACCGAAAUCCAUCAUCGAAAUCAUGAAAGCCGGCUGGUCUGCGGAUCCCCAGGAGCGACCUAAGAUGGUAGAGCUGCGCAACAUCUUGCGCGCUACCAGCUCGGAGAUGAAACGUCUGGCCGACUUGACUAUCGUCAACACCCGCACCCAGAUCGAGCAUUACAAGCGCAGUAUCAUCAAGAACAGCGAGGAGACCGUCGAGCUGAUCAAGGAACUAUCGCGCACCGAGGCUGACUUCCUCACCCAGUGGGUGCACGACGCCGAGGAGGAAGGCCACCGCAUCGAACCCAAAUUCCAUCAGGUGGUCUAUGUUCUGCACUGUUCGCUGGUCAACUAUGACGGCCUGUGCGCCGUUGCCCACGGAGACGCCGUACUGUACUUCGCCAACCGCUUCUUCCACAUUUUAGACCAAGUUCUGCCGCCGGACCGCAACAUCCACCGACUGCAUCCCAACGGCGACAGUGUAACCAUUGUGGCGGCCAUUCCCAGUGGCGGCGUGGAGUACGCCGCCAAGAUGGCUACGCUAGCGCUAGAUCUGUUGGUGGAGGCCUGGAAAGCCGAUCUCCUGGACAUUGACUGGGAUCGUAUGGAGGUGCGCAUUGGACUGGCGUGUGGGCCGGCUGUGGCGGGUAUCUACGGGAAUAACCACCGGGCAUUUACCGUCACCGGUAUUGCACAUGAAGAAGCCCAAUUAGCGGAAAGCGCCAGCGCCCCCUAUCGCAUCCUCUUGACUGAGGCAUUCUACGAAGCCCUGAAAGUUUACCCCGAUUACACUACUGUCGAUAAUCUCGACGACCGUCACACCAUCCCUCACAAGCACACCUACUGGCUGCAGGGUCAGGAGCGCUAUCGCCACCAAAAGACUUUGGACGACAUCGAGAAACUGUACCCACCCAUCGUGCACGGUUGCGUCCCUGAUGUCGGUCGGGCCGCGCAGAGCCGGGUGCGCAUUAAGCAGAAACAUACCAAGCUCAGCGUCCAGACACCGGUGGGGUUUUACAUCCAGAAAGACCAUCGCUCCGGCUACACCAUCGAGCACUACCCGGAAGGUUCCCGCGACCGGCCCCUCAAACUGGCCACCAUUCACGAGCACGCCGACCAUCACCGACUGCACCAUGUGGGUCCGUCGCAUUCGCAGUCGCGGCUGUUUGGGAGUAUGCUGGGACCACAGGGAUUCGCGCCGUACCGGAACUACAAGAAGGAGCGGGUAAGUCUCCUGUCGGAAACGGAGCCGGUGGAUGACAGUCAGUUUGUGGGACAGAUGGGACUGGCCGGGAUUAAGUUGCCGGUGAUUGUUAACGAAGAAGAGGAGGUUGACGAGGCGGUGCAGGUUCGUCUGACUGGAUCGACAGGAUCCACGGAAGAACUGGAGAUUCGCGCAUCAGCUAUGGAGAUUGUCGAUGACCUUUCGCGGAAUAUGGGCGGAGAAGACGAGAGAAAGAAGCGCCGCAAGAAGGACCGCGAGGAGUCCCUUGUGGAAGUAAUCCGCAAGACUAGUUUGUGGGUGGCUCAGCUGCCGGAACCGGGAUCGGCCCCAAAGGAAACUGACGACGAGAGCGAAGAGUCGAAAAAGCCGAAGAAAAAGAAGAAAAAGGAACGGCAAAAGUCUGAUCACUGAGGUGACGGUUAUUUGGGUGCCACUGUCGUUGUCGGGAGCUCACUAAAGCAUUUUCCUUUCUACGAUUAAUUUCACGGGAAUAGUCGAACAAGGGUCUUUUAUCGUAAGCGCGUUCUUUAAUUAACAUGACCGUUCGUUCCAUUCGAGUCGGCUUCUAAUGUGAAAAAUAUGGUAUGUGCGGACUAACGGCAUUCCGCCGGGCUGCGAAUACGCUAGCAGUUAGUUUGGCAGUUGGCUAGAAUAUUGAUUCGUGGAUGUAUUUGUGCAACGGCCGCCAUUUCGCUAUUCUGUCAAUUUUCUUUGCUUGCUCAUUUAAUGCCUUAUUCCAAAUCAGGCGGUGUAAGC